ACCAUCAAAAUUCAUAUAACGGACAUACCAAUGGUUAUCAUUUAGGAAAUGGUAAUGGCAGUACGAAUGGUACUGCCAGUAACAGCGUUAGUCGACUCUCGCAGUCGACGGGAAUGACCCCCAAAGAAUUGUCGGAGAAUGAUGAUCUGGCAACUUCAUUGAUAUUGGAUCCUCAUCUGGGGUUUCAGACGCACAAAAUGAACAUACGCUAUCGUCCGCUCAAAGUGGAUAGAGCUCAGUUGAAAAUAGUGGUAGAUGACUUCAUUGCAACUCAAAAUUACGAUGUGGCAGUGAAGAAAAUUUUCAGUGGGCCAUGGAUUCCUCGAAGCUUCAAAAGUAAAAACAAAAUAGCCUUCAAGCGCCUUCAUGAUCAUAUUAUACGUUAUUUGCGUGUAUUCGAUAAGGACAGUGGUUUUGUUAUUGAGGCCUGCUAUCGUUACUCACUUGAGGGUCAAAAGGGAGCUAAAAUUAGUUCAACAAAGCGAUGGUCAAAGAAUGAUAAAAUCGAAUGCCUUGUGGGCUGCAUUGCGGAACUAUCCGAAGCUGAGGAGGCUGCUUUACUACAUACAGGAAAAAAUGAUUUCUCCGUAAUGUACAGCUGUAGGAAAAACUGUGCGCAACUAUGGCUUGGUCCAGCUGCGUAUAUAAACCAUGACUGCCGGGCUAAUUGUAAAUUUGUUGCCACUGGGCGUGAUACAGCAUGCGUUAAAGUAUUGCGCGAUAUUGAGGUUGGUGAAGAAAUUACUUGUUUCUAUGGGGAGGAUUUCUUUGGCGAUGGCAACUGCUAUUGUGAAUGCGAAACAUGCGAACGACGUGGCACCGGAGCGUUUGCCGGGAAAGUAAUAAAAGGAAAUGUUAGCAGUGGUGCUAAUGCUCUUGCGAUGGGCUUAAGUGGAUCAUGUGUGAUCGGUAUAAAUACCCAGGAUCCAAAUGCAAGCGGCGGCUACCGCCUACGUGAAACUGAUAAUCGUAUUAAUCGUAUCAAAAGUAGGGCUAACUCUACGAGUUCAAUGAACGUAGACAAUAGCGCUUGUGCAAGUGCCCCAUCAGCAUUGAUUGAAACAUCAGCCGGUGUUCAGGUCAAGAAAUUAGAAGGCGGAUCGUUUGACAGCGAUAAUGUUAAUAUUGAAAGUAUGAAAAAACAACAGCCCACUGUGGUUGUGACACCACUGACCAUGAAGGAACUUCGCCAAAAGGGUAUGACUAAGUACGACGCCGAAAUGAUCAUGGCCAAUACCUACCAGCGUCAUCAUCAUCACCAUCAUCAAUCCCAUAACCAAAUUCUGCAUCAAGAUCCAUGUGGAAAACAAUCGGUAGACGGAAGUACUGCAACCAAAACAGGUGGCAACGGCUUUAACGUUGGCCGAGAGUCGUUGCGCAAAUCAGCACGUGUUAACAGUACUAGUAGUACAAUUUCUUCCGGUUCUGCUGAAGAACAGCCUGUCAGCGUUACAACUGCGCUUGCCCGUAAUAGCAGUAGCGGCGGUGCCGCAGCAAAGGCGCAUGCAACUACAGCCGCCGAACCAGGGUUUAGUGCUGCUGCGAGCAUUUCACGAAGGCCAUUGAGAAAAGGAGCUGGCAAUGGUGUACCGAAAAUCAACACCAUCAAUAAUAAAACUGGCUACGUGACUCGUAGUAGUGGCAGACAAACGCGUUCGACAGCAAUUGCGCGCUUGGAGGAGGCAGAUGGUUUGGACCAACGGGAAAUAACAGGUUUAAAUGCGGCAGAUCGCCCGAUGGAGAAUGAGAAUGAUGAAGACAGAGAUGAAAAGAGAACUGUAAAUAAUCGCAAGGACGAACAGAACACACUUGCAAUAGUUGCAACGAAAACUAACGAUCGCCAGCGACACGACAAACGGACACGCACGCGCAACGGACUGACUCGUGUGACGGCGUCCUUGGGUAAUAACAUCGGUGGACGCGUUUUACGAAAUCAUCACCAACAUCACUCAACUACACAUCAUAAUGAUGAAGUAGAAUCACACACAGGCGUGGACGCGAAAGCAACUGCCACUGAUACCCAAACGAAUCGUAAUAAUUAUAAUAGUAACAAUAGUUGUAAUAAUAGUGUUAGCUUAAGUAGUAUUUGUAGUACUAGUAGUAAUUGUAGUAGCGGAACAGAUUCCAAUCAGUUGGUGGGUGGGAUUGGUGAUAGAUUGCCGGCUGGUAUGCACUAUCCAACAACAGCAGCAAUGCAGAAGCCUGGCAGCUUUAGCACAAGCUGUGUGCAUGAAAAGAAUAAUAUUACGCCGAGUUAUCGCAAGAACUUAAUGGGAUCCUUUGAAGAAGCGUCUUUGGGAGCACCAUGUAUGCAAUUGACAGAGCCUUCUUAUUCGCGGGAUGUGUCCCAAACUCAAUUACAGCGCUCAACUCGUCGAAACCAGCUUCGCUGCGUCAUUAAAUCGACUUCGAUGACAAUGUCUAUGAGUGAUAAUGGACCGCGUAAAAGGCGAUCAUCUCAGGGGAUAGAACAGAAAAUUUACGAUAAUGCCAAUUGUAACGGAAAAGGUGGAUUCGACAAGGGUGUGGGUGGCAAAGCUGAAACAUUCAAUCGAGACUGUGCGCCUGUGCUUCCUCCCACUGCCAUGGAAACGCUGCUGAAGACACCGGAGCGACGUUUGAAGCUUACGCUUCGAAUGAAACGCUCCCCUAUACUCGACGAAGUUAUCGAAUCUGGCACAAGCCUGAGUGAUGAAAGCAGCAGUUUUAAUGGCUCAUUCAGUCGCGCAUCAUCGCAUUCAACCGAACCUGUGGAAUAUGAGAUUUUACGAAUGGAGGGCAUUUCAGAAAAUGGCGUCGACUACGACAGUAUUCCGUUAAAACGCAAAAAACGACACAAAAGCAAGGAUCAUCAUCACCACCAUCGGCAUCGCAGUCGCCACCAUCAACAUCACCGCUUUAAUGCGGAUAUAUGUAAUUCCCACGAAUUGAAUUCUACGGCCGCGGACUUGGCGACAACGCCCCCAGGCGCACCGGCUGCGCAGUCUAGUCCCCGCGCUGUGUUGCCAACGUCAACGACAAAAAUUGGGGGGAUUGGUGUGCAAACGCCUCAGAAAAAACGACUUCGUUUGAUAUUUGGUAAUGAGACGCACACCAUUGACAUUCCAGCGCUUAGUGUGAACGAUAGCCUUAAUAAUACAACUUUUGACACAAGUGGAAGUAGCGCCGAGUAUGAUAACGAAACGGCUGAUGUGAGCGAUUCGAUUGAGUCCAACACCACUAUUUCGGCCGCAGUAACUCCAACCACAAGUACUGGUGUCAGCGCCAAUACAAGCAUAAGCACACGUGCGAAUGCUUCAUUGCUGGCAAAUACCUCGUUUUCCACAUCCUCAACAGCACCCACUGAGGCGGCCGUUUCACCGCAAUCCAAUUCCAAUUUGAGUGCUUGUUCAUCCUCAAAUUCAGCCUACGUCUCGGCCGGUUCCACAGCAUCUGCUUCGACGUCGAUGCCGUUGCCGUUGCGCGCAGGUCACGAUCGGCAGGAACUCACAGUGCCCACAGCAGCUGCUAUACCCCCAUCCACCAUCACAUCAGCUGCUGCAUUCACCGCUGUCACAACGACGCCCGAAAAUAUUGCUGGCACGUCAGUGGCGUCGAAUACAGUCGUAGCUCCGCCAUUGCUGCAACAUAAACCAUUUACGCUUAUGCAGCAUCAACAACACAACACUCACUCCGCGCCUGGCACAUCCCAACUUCAGCGCAUUAUUUGCAACACCACGCUUGGCGGUGCCACCAGUAUAGCAGGCAUUUCAAAGCCUUCAGCUACAAGCGUCCAGGGCAUUGGCGGCAGCAGCAAUAUUAACGGUGUUACAGCAGCGCUUGCACCCCCUUUGUUUCUUUCGCAGGCGAGCGUACCAAAACAUACUUUUGGGUCAUGCGCUCUUCUACCGCCUCCCACUUUUGCGCGCAAUCUGACCGUUAGUGGUCAUAUGUUGCCAAUGGGCGGCAGUUUAACUGCUACACACAAUGCUGUAUCGUCCAAUGCAUCGCUUUGCGCGCUGAAUGCACAUGUCAGUACAACGACACCUUUGACGGUUGGAACAACAACAGCAAUGUCUAACGUCAGUGGUGCCGGCUGCAGUAGCACUGUAAUGGCCAAAAAGGGGACUGAUCUUAUGAAUUGA